AUGAAUGCCCCUCCGGCGCUUGGGUAUCCCCCAGGCGUUUCGCUGGCCCAAGGCAGUCAAAUCUCACCAACAGCGGCCAAUUUUGGCUCUAACAAUCCAUUCCGAAACCGUGCUCUCUCUCCCACCGUUCCUACUCCAGCCACCAAUGCUCGUCCAGAACGUCCCCGAUCAACCAAUCCAUUCCUAGACGAUACUGACGCCCUGUCCCCACAAUCGGCUCCUGGAAUGUCUUCCGGUGCCAUGUUCUCGCCGGUCGAAAGACACGAUACUACUACCAACAAUACUCGGGACCUUUUUGAGGCCCUCUCUAUCAAGCCCACCGCUACAGUAUCUGCGGUGCCUGCACCCUCUCCGUUCUCCUCUCAGUCCAACACCACCCGGCCGGUUCCUGAUGCUGUUCCCCGUAAACCAUCCAGUCGUCAGCCUCCCUUGAGAGACGCUCGUGCACCUCCAUCUGGACGCCCUACAGAGUCCCGUUCCAAGGCACCAAGGGAUCCAACGGAUCCAUUCGACAUUUUUGCUGAUCCAGCAUCCAAGAGCUCUAGCUCUACCGCCCAGGGCAAGGCCCCCCGUCGACCUCGCCGAAACUCCGAGUCAUCUGUGAUGGAGCGGCCAUCGAAGCUGUUUGAUGAUGAUGACGAGAAACGCCGACGUGAACGCCGCCACCGUGAGCGUGAACGUCAGCGUGAUGGAAAGCCUCGUUCAUCUCGCAAGGAUCGCCGACUGGAUAUCAUUGAUAAGCUGGAUGUGACAAGCAUCUACGGUACCGGAAUGUUCCACCAUGAUGGUCCCUUUGAUGCAUGCAAUCCCCACCGCAAUCGCAAGGGCGCGCGCACUGCGCCAAUGCAGGCCUUCCCCAAGAAUUCGACAAACAUGGCAUUGGGCGGUUCUGGUCCGGUCAAUCCCAACAUUGACUUGAAUCUUUUCCACGGACGAAUGGAGGAGGGCUACAAUGAUUACAACUCUGGUCUUACCCGCAACGCCGAAACAGUCCAGAUUGACGCCAAGACCACAUUGGAACCUGUUCAUGGCGCGCAGACAAUGGGUUUAGGAACCAGUACAUUCUUGGAUGGAGCUCCAGCCAGUCGUUCGGCCAUUGCUCGACGUGAGAGCGCGGCCGAGGCACAGCUUGCUGCGAAUGGUGGUCUUCAGCGAAAGAAGAGUCUAGCACAACGCCUGCGUGGACGAAGUGGAACCGGCCGCAUUGCACCCCCUCGUAUCACAUCCCCUGGUGGUCGGGUAGGAUCCCCAGAGCAAGGAAUGUCUCCGCCACCGAUGGGCUCGAGCCACUCCGCAUCUUCUCGAACCAACGAGAGGAACCCAUUUUUCGAAGAAGACCCGGAUGAGGAGUGGGAUAAGAAGGGAUCGCGAAUCGCAGAGGCGCGCCUGGAGAGCGGUGGUCGUCUUCGCUCAUCAAGCAGCCCCAAGCAGUCAACCAAUCUCGAGCGCAAGAGCACAAGAGAUCGGGCCUACGAGGACCAGCAGAAAUUGAAUGCCGGCGGUGGAUUCUUGAACCGGAUGAAGAGCUUGCGCAAGCCGCGCCCGGAGCGCCGGACAAGCGAUUAA